AGGCAGGUGCCCCCAUAUAGACGUAUCUGUAGUCUUAACAGUAUUAAUAACAGCCUACGGUUGAGUAGUCAAAGACAAUGAGCAAAAAGACAAAGAAACAGACGCUGGUAUCGAGCACGGCCGUGCAGCCAGUAAAGUCGGAAAAUGAAUCGGAGACAUCUGAUUCAGCGCAACCUGAGGAGCAAUCCGGGGACCAGAGCCUGGAAGUGUUUCUUUGGCUAAUGGCCUAUAGCGUUCUUAUGUUUACACUGCCAUUUCUGGGCUUCUAUGGUGUUCGCAAUUGGCUGGAUGAAUCAUUUCCCGAACUGGACACAUUUAGCAAGAAUUGCUACUCUGUGUUGACGGCUGUGCUGGUGGUAAAUGCCAUUGUGGCCAUGUAUGUGCUAAAGGCCGUACGUGAAAAGGAUCCACCUGCAUUGCCGGUUGAAGAGGAAAAGGAUAAUAAGAAGGAACAGUAGUUUAGUUUAACAACAGAUGUAAUAAAAACAUUGUAACACUCUUCUAAA